AUGAAGGUUCCUUUUCCAAGCAUAGUGAUGCUUGUUUUGCUUCUUUGCUUUGUAUCACUUCCUCAUGUUAGAGCUCAUUCUUCUUCAAAUAGUGAAGCAAAAGCUUUGGAUGUUGCUCUCCAACAAUAUGCUUACAAGUCUUUGGUGAAUCCUAAAACAGGUACUAUAUACAAUGCAACUCAACUUCCUUCAAAUUUAUCCGGAGUUAAGGUUUCGGCAUUAAGAUUAAGGAGUGGAAGUUUAAGGAGAAAAGGGUUUCAUAUGUACAAUGAGUUUGAUAUUCCAAAUGGACUAAUUGUGAAACCUUAUGUUGAAAGAUUGGUUUUUGUGUAUCAAAAUCUCGGUAAUUUGUCCAACAAGUAUUACCCUUUGCCUAAUUACACUUACUUGACACCAGUUUUAGGACUAUUAGCUUACGACGCUUUAAAUUUGUCGGCGACAAAUUUACCAGAACUCGAAGUAAAUCCUUCUGGUGACCCUAUAUCGGUCAAUUUCCGAGAUGUUAAAUCAGCUCCUCGUGAUAGUGUUGUGAAAUGUGUUUGGUUUGAUUUGAAGGGUGAUUCCAAUUUCAGCAAUGUAAAAGGCGGUAACACAUGUUCUACUUCACAACAAGGUCAUUUCUCUAUAGUUGUUGUUAAGUCUAGUGUUCCUCUAGGGCCGAAAGAUCGAGGAGAGGGUGAGAAGAAGAGUAAUAAAAAGGUGUGGAUUAUUGUUGGUUCUGUUGUUGGGGGACUAGUAUUGUUGGUGUUGUUUUCAUUUCUAGCUUUGUGUAUAAACAAAUACAAACAGAAGAAGAAAAUGCAAGGUAUGGAAAGAGCUGCAGAUUCGGGAGAAACUCUUCAAAUGGCUUCUGUUGGAGAUUCUAAAGCACCUGCUGCAUCGGUUACAAGAACACAACCAACGCUUGAACAUGAAUAUGCACCUUGA